AUGUCGAACGAAGGCGAUCCACCACAACCUCAACAACAACAGCCGGAGUCACAGGAAGUUCAAGCUCCAGCUGCUCCGGAACCCGGACGUGCAGAAGGUUCCGCAUCGUUUCUUCGUGCCGCCCGUGCUGGAGAUUUGGAGAAAGUGCUCGAGUUGUUAAGAGCUGGAACUGAUAUCAAUACAAGCAAUGCAAAUGGGUUAAAUUCAUUGCAUUUAGCAUCAAAAGAAGGACAUUCGGAGGUUGUUAGAGAACUUAUCAAACGACAAGCACAAGUUGAUGCGGCCACAAGAAAAGGAAACACCGCCCUCCAUAUCGCUUCUUUGGCUGGUCAAUCCCUUAUCGUCACAAUUCUAGUCGAAAAUGGAGCCAACGUGAACGUUCAAUCAGUUAAUGGCUUCACCCCACUCUACAUGGCAGCUCAGGAGAAUCACGAAGAAGUUGUAAAGUAUCUCUUGAAGCACGGAGCCAACCAGGCGCUUUCCACAGAAGAUGGAUUCACUCCAUUGGCAGUUGCUCUUCAACAAGGACAUGAUCGUGUUGUUGCAGUCCUUCUCGAAAAUGAUUCGAAGGGAAAAGUCCGUCUUCCAGCACUUCAUAUUGCUGCAAAGAAGGAUGAUACUACAGCAGCGACACUUUUACUUCAAAAUGAGCACAAUCCAGAUGUGACAUCGAAAUCUGGAUUCACUCCACUUCAUAUUGCAGCCCAUUAUGGACAUGAAAAUGUUGGACAGCUGUUGUUAGAGAAAGGAGCAAAUGUCAAUUAUCAAGCUAGGCACAAUAUAAGCCCACUCCACGUUGCUACAAAAUGGGGACGUACAAAUAUGGCAAAUCUCUUGCUUUCCCGUGGAGCUAUCAUCGACUCACGUACAAAAGAUCUCUUAACUCCACUUCACUGCGCCGCCCGUUCGGGACAUGACCAAGUUGUAGAUCUUCUUGUAGUUCAAGGAGCACCGAUCUCUGCAAAAACGAAAAACGGAUUGGCACCACUUCAUAUGGCUGCCCAGGGAGAUCACGUGGAUGCUGCCAGAACUCUUUUGUACCAUCGUGCUCCGGUUGAUGACGUCACUGUUGAUUAUUUGACACCACUCCACGUGGCAGCACAUUGUGGACAUGUUCGAGUUGCGAAGCUUCUGUUGGAUAGAUCUGCUGAUCCAAACUCCCGGGCUCUCAAUGGUUUCACUCCAUUACACAUUGCCUGUAAGAAGAAUCGCAUAAAAGUCGUUGAACUUCUUCUGAAGUACCGUGCCGCAAUCGAAGCAACAACGGAAUCGGGGCUGACUCCGUUGCACGUGGCCGCCUUCAUGGGAGCAAUCAAUAUUGUGAUCUACUUGCUUCAACAAGGCGCCAAUCCAGAUGUGGAGACAGUCCGUGGGGAGACUCCUCUUCAUUUGGCAGCUCGUGCCAAUCAAACCGACGUUGUUCGUGUGCUCAUCCGUAAUGGGGCAAAGGUUGAUGCACAGGCACGUGAAUUGCAAACACCUCUACACAUUGCCAGUCGUUUGGGGAACACUGACAUUGUGAUUCUUUUGUUGCAAGCUGGGGCUAAUUCGAAUGCAACAACGAGAGAUAAUUACUCGCCAUUGCAUAUUGCGGCUAAAGAAGGACAAGAAGAAGUUGCGGGCAUUCUUCUGGACCACAACGCCGACAAGACUCUUCUCACCAAGAAGGGCUUCACACCACUCCAUCUUGCAUCCAAAUAUGGAAAUCUUGAAGUCGUUCGUCUUCUUCUGGAACGGGGUACUCCAGUUGAUAUCGAAGGAAAGAACCAGGUGACACCACUCCACGUGGCUGCUCACUACAACAACGACAAGGUCGCAAUGCUUCUGCUCGAGAAUGGGGCCUCGGCAAAGGCGGCUGCCAAGAACGGAUAUACUCCAUUGCAUAUCGCUGCGAAGAAGAAUCAAAUGGAAAUUGCAUCGACAUUAUUGCAAUUCAAAGCUGAUCCAAAUGCUAAAUCAAGAGCUGGUUUCACACCUCUCCAUCUUUCAGCUCAAGAAGGACACAAAGAAAUUUCUGGACUUCUUAUUGAGAAUGGUUCUGAUGUUGGAGCAAAAGCUAACAAUGGACUUACAGCAAUGCAUCUUUGUGCACAAGAAGAUCAUGUUCCAGUUGCUCAGAUUCUUUAUAACAAUGGUGCUGAAAUCAAUAGUAAGACGAAUGCAGGUUACACUCCACUUCACGUUGCUUGUCAUUUUGGACAACUCAAUAUGGUCAAGUUCUUAGUUGAGAAUGGAGCUGAUGUUGGAGAAAAAACGCGUGCCUCAUACACCCCUCUUCACCAGGCCGCCCAACAGGGUCACAACAACUGCGUCCGAUACCUUCUGGAAAAUGGAGCAUCGCCGAACGAGCAAACUGCGACUGGACAAACACCGCUCUCCAUUGCCCAACGCCUUGGAUACGUGUCAGUCGUUGAAACUCUUCGAACUGUCACCGAAACAACAGUCAUCACAGAGACCACAACUGUCGACGAAAGAUACAAACCACAAAAUCCUGAAGCAAUGAACGAGACAAUGUUCUCCGAAUCAGAAGAUGAAGGACAAGCUGCCGAGCAUGAAGCGGUGGCGGCUCACGAAAAGGAUUUCUCCGACAAUUUGACACAAGGAUUGCAAGAUUCGACUGGCGUUCAUAUGAUUCAUACUGGAGAACAGCUUCUCCAGCGCAGUCAAGAAUUGGAAAACGGUGGCGCGAUUCCGAAGAUCAACUCGGGCGGCAUGUCACCCGAAAAAGAGUUUGCAAAGAUCGCACCAGUUGCCACGUCAUCUCCAAUUGCCACAUCAAAUUCCCAGUCAUUCGGAAUUGCUCCGAGAGCCGGAUCUAUUUCCGGACAAUUCCAACAACAACCACUUCACGGUGCAGGACCAGAAGACAACUUGGAAGAACUUGUUAGAAGAGCACAGAAUCAUCCGAUCAACGCUGGAAACUACGAUAAUGGAGGAGUUGCCAUGUUGGAGAAUGGACAUGCGGAUAAUGUGCCAAUUGGACAUCAUGUCACACAGCCAAGUAAACUUCAACACAGAACUUUCCUCAUCUCAUUCCUUGUUGAUGCCCGCGGAGGUGCAAUGCGAGGAUGCCGUCACUCGGGAGUCCGAAUCAUCGUUCCACCGAGAAAGGCUUCACAGCCAAUUCGUGUUACCUGCCGUUAUUUGAGAAAAGACAAGCUUGCUCAUCCACCACCAUUGAGUGAAGGAGAAGAGCUCGCAUCGAGAAUCCUUGAAAUGGCCCCAGCUGGUGCCAAAUUCUUGGGUCCAGUCAUUUUGGAAGUUCCUCAUUUUGCAUCCCUCAGAGAUCGGGAACGAGAAAUUGUCAUCUUAAGAUCAGAUGAUGGUCAACACUGGAAGGAACAUCAACUCGAAGCAACUGAAGAUGCAGUUCAAGAAGUUCUUAAUGAAUCCUUCGAUGCUGAAGAUCUUGCACAACUUGAUGAUCUUCAAACUCCAAGAAUCACAAGAAUCCUGACUAGUGACUUCCCAAUGUACUUUGCCGUUGUUACUCGUGUUCGCCAAGAAGUUCAUUGUGUCGGACCAGAAGGAGGAGUCAUCAUCUCAUCAGUUGUUCCACGUGUUCAGGCUAUCUUCCCAGACGGAUCACUUACAAAGACAAUCAAGGUUUCGGUACAAGCUCAACCAGUUCCACAAGAAAUGGUUACUCGUCUCCAUGGAAACCGUGUUGCCGUCUCACCAAUUGUCACAGUUGAGCCACGACGACGCAAGUUCCACAAACCAAUCACUCUUUGUAUACCACUUCCACAAAGUAACAACCGUGGAAUGUUGACACAAUACUCUGGACAACAGGGACAAGAACCUCCAACUCUUCGACUAUUAUGCUCGAUUACUGGUGGAUCUGCACCAGCACAAUGGGAAGACAUCACUGGAACAACACAGCUCACUUUUACUGGAGAUGAAGUGUCAUUCACGACAACAGUAUCUGCCAGAUUCUGGCUUAUGGAUUGCCAGACUCCUCGUGAUGCCGCCAGAAUGGCUCAAGAAGUCUACAAUGAAGCAAUUUCUAUUCCAUACAUGGCCAAGUUUGCAGUAUUUGCACGAAGAACUUUCCCAGUUGAAGGACAACUUCGUGUAUUCUGUAUGACUGAUGACAAGGAAGAUAAGACACUAGAGAAGCAGGAGCAUUUCAAGUUGAUUGCAAAGAGUCGAGAUGUUGAAGUUCUUAAAGGAAAACAUCAGUUCCUUGAAUUCUCUGGAAACCUCGUACCAAUCACUAAAUCUGGAGAUCAACUUUCCCUAUUCUUCCUGCCAUUCCAAGAGAAUCGUCUUGCAUUUAUGGUGAAGACACGAUCAAAUGAUGACAACGAAGCUGCCACAGAAGGAAGAAUCGGAUUUAUGGCAGAGCCAAAGAUCAGAUCAGAUGCACUUCCACCACAACAACCAAUCUGUACAUUGGCUAUCUCUUUGCCAGAAUAUACUGGAGAAAUCAAGACAGCUCCACCACCAAAAAAGGAUUUGACUCCAUUCGAACAAAGGUAUGGAUCUGCACUUGAGAAGGAUCUUCCAGAGUUUGUCCAUCAAAAUGUGCUGAAAGGAAUCGGAGCUGACUGGCCUCGUCUUGGACGUGCACUUGAAGUCCCACACCGCGAUAUUCAACACAUUAGGCAAAAUUACCCGGGACAAGAGUGCAAGAACACACUCAAGAUCUGGAUUCAUUUGAAGAAGGAGGAUGCAAACCAGGACAAUCUUGAUCAAGCACUCAGACAGAUUGGAAGAGACGACAUUGUUCGAUCGAUUGCCUAUGGAGAGCCAGAUGCAUUGAUCAACUACAGUCAAGCUGAUUCUCCAAGUCAGAAGCGGGAGCCAAUUCGUCACUUUGAAGAAGUUCCAGCCGCCACUCUCGUGAAACGUGAAGUACGAACAGAAGACUUGGUAACAAGGGAACCAGUUCAACCGACACAUCAUGUUGAACAAGCAACCACUGUCGUUCAGGAGCCAUCUUAUUCAGCACCGGUUCAUCAUAGUCCUGUUCCAGAAGAACCCGAAAUGGAAGAAGAAGCCCCAGUCGCUGAAAUGCGUACCGUUGUUCGAACGGAACGACAUGUUCAUGACAGUGAAGAUGGACCAGUUGUAGAGGAAAGAACUAUUACAACAACAUACGAAGAUGACGUGGCAGUCAACGAGAACAUUGUUGACCGCACGGUUCCAUUGAACGAGGAUGAACAGCAAAAAUGGGAAGAGCUGAACCGUUUGGCUGAUGAAUCCUCACCAUCCCCAGCUCAACGCUCAACAAUUGUAGCUGAGAGCACCUCCGAGCAAGUUCCAGAAGACGUCGAGCAAAGCGUAGAGUCGGAAAGCCAUCGUGAAGAUGAUGGAACAAUUGUCACGACGACAGUAACCACUAGUCACAUCAGCGAAUCUCCAUCGGGAUCACCUACAAGACGAUCAGUGGAGCCCGAAGAGCAUCGUCAUAGUCAACAUGAAGAUCACGAAGCAUCUGGCGCUGAGCAGCACUCUGGCCAAGACUCUGGCACGACACAAAAGAAGGAAACUGCAGAGGAAGGAUUCACCAACGAAGAUGGAUCAGUUGUGGUUUCGAAGAAAAUGACAAGAGUUGUCACUACCACUCGUACCACUUUGCCAGGAGAAGGAGAAGAGCCAUCUGCACCUGAUUCUCCUGUCGAAUCUCUCGGAAGUGUCAAAGAUAGAAUAGCAAAGUUCGAACAAUUCAAAACACUUCCAAUUGAUCCAUCCGUUUCUGGACCGCCUCCAUCGGCUCAUACGUUGCAAUCGGAAGAAUAUCAGGAAGAGUCAGGGAAUGUCGAGUCUGCUUAUGAUGUUGAAACCGAUCGCCGUGACAGUGAGCGGUCAUUGAAAUCCGAACGGUCAAUUCCAGAAAUUCACACUUCGCCAUCAGAAGAACAACAGUCAGAGCAUUUCGAGUCUGCUGAGCACACCGAAGAUCAGGGCCGUGAUAGCGGACGCUCUCUGAAAUCAGAUCGUUCAAUUCCAGAAGUACAAUUCACUGAAUCUGAUUCAGAGUUGGAGAAGCACGAUCUUCACGAAGAUAGCCAUCUUGAACCAACUGUUGGAAUUGUCAUCACUCCACAUACACCAGUUCCACCAGAACAUCCCGAUGACAAAGAAGACAUUGAAGAUGAGCAACCACAAGAACCACUUGAACCAUCUGAGCCAGAGCACGUCGCACAUGCAGAGUUGAAGGAUACACGUGAAUACAGCGAUGAAGAGCUUGCUCAAGAGCUUUCUCCUUCGGAAGAACAUGUGUCAACCGCCGAGAUUAAGGAUAUUAAGUCAUACUCUCCAACAUCUUCUGAUGACGAAAGAUCUUCUCAGAAAGGAAAAGUGAGUCCACCGAUUCCCCAAGUACGCCAUGCUAUCUCGCCAUCAGUUGCGAGUGAGGUUUUGAGUUCUCAUGACGACGAGUUGGCCGCCCAUUUUGUGGCUGAGUCAUUUGAAAAACAUGAUGAAGGAAAUGUUGAAACAAUAGAACAAACUCCAGUUUACAAAGGGCAUCACUCGCCCGGGCAGACUUCUCCAAUUGUUUCAGAGCAUCCACAUGCUCAGGAAUAUGCGGAGAGUGUGACGAGCCACGAUGAAGGAGACAAUUUGAGUUUGAAGAGCGGGCAUGAACCGGAAAUCGCUAGGCAUUCUGUUGCAAGUGUCCAGGAAGAAGACGAUGAUGAUGAUGAAAAGUCAGAACUUGGAGACUUUGCAAAGAAAGCUGGAAUGAUUGUUGGUGGAGUUAUUGCAGCUCCAGUUGCACUUGCUGCUGUGGGUGCAAAGGCUGCUUAUGAUGCUCUGAAUAGAGAUGAUGAUGAGGAGAAACUAGAAGGACACGAAGAAAAGGAAGUUCUGACAACUCAGACUACUAUCAUGGAAUCGCCAAUAAGACACGAAGAUAUUCCAUCUCCACAUUUAGAAGAUGUCACUCCGAAAGUUUCCCAUCAGGAACAUCCCUAUGAACAUGUCACCGAGACGACAACUACCGUAACCCGUGACUACUACGAACAACCGGAAGAUCACAGAGAAGCAUCACCUGCUCCAUCGUCACAUGUGGAGUCUGAACGUCCAAUUUCCGAAUCUCCAGCUGUGUCUGAAAGGGAACCAUCACACAUUGCAACUGAAACUACAACCACAGUUACUCGGGAAUAUGACCAAGAACCAAAAGCAGAUCAAUCUUCAGCAAGAGAAUCAGUAAGAGAUCUUGUAUCAGAAGAACAUGAACAUCCAGCAUGUGAUUCUGAACGACUCUCGGAACCAGCUCAAUCUCCCGAACCAGUUGAGACACAUGCAGAGAGUCAAUUCUCCAAUUUGGUUGAAACCACCACCACCACUGCAGUAACUCGUGAAUUUUAUGAUGAGGACCAAGAAGAACAAGCUUCUUCACGAGCCACCAAGGAAAGGAUUGAGCAGUCCCCUGUAGCAUCAGAGAGAUCUAUUGUUUCGACAGAGCAUCGUCAAUCUCCAACACAAGAAUCUGAACAAUCACUUGAGCCCACUUCCGAGAAAAAUGUUCAUACUGUAACUGAAACCACUACAGUAACUCGUGAAUGCUUUGAAGAACCAAUUGCCUCCGAGCUAGAACACGCGUCUCGCGAGUUUGAACAAGGAUCAAACGACUUUAGAAGAUCCGUGUCGCCAGUUGAUGCUCAAGAACAAGUAGACGUUCCACACUCUCCAGCUCCAUCAUCUCAUGCCGAAUCAGAGCAACCAGUUCCAGAAUCUCCACAUCAUAUCGUAGAGACUACAACUACAACAACGGUUACUCGUGAAUUUCAAGAUGAAGAAUACCCAAGACCGGAAUCACCUGCUGAAAUUUUCCCGAUCCCAUCAAGCGAGCAACAAAGUGAAGAACCACACAUUGUCAAGGAAACAACCACUACAACAACGGUCACUCGCGAACUUUACGAUGAGCCGGAAAAAGGAAAUGUCACAUUCUCCCCAGCACCAUCUUCGCACGCAGAAUCAGAACGACAAGUUCCAGAAUCACCAGUUGUUUCUCAUCAAGAAUACCCACAUGUUGUUGAAACGACAACGACCACAAAUGUAACAAGUAACAUCUAUGACGAUGAAGACAACGUUCCAUCUUCUGAAGAUCCAGCUACACAACACUUCCAACAAUCUGAAACUUCAGUGCAUCGCUCACAUCCAGACUCUGUAGAAGAAAGUGACGGUGAAGGCCUUGGAAGUAAGGUUCUUGGAUUUGCAAAGAAAGCAGGAAUGGUUGCUGGAGGAGUUGUUGCUGCUCCAGUUGCACUUGCUGCUGUUGGAGCUAAAGCCGCUUACGAUGCUUUUGAGAAGGAUGAUGAAGAUGAUGAGACAUCUCAUUCUCCCGAAUCUCCUGUUCCGGAAUAUCAGAGUGAACAAUACCAAGAUGAUUCAGCUCAAUCUUCUCAUACCGAUUUCGAACAUCACAUGCCCGAAUCUCCUAUUGAGCACGAAAAGGAAACGGAAGAAUUCGAUCACAGCCAUCCAGAAUCUCCAGUUCUAUCGGAAAAAGAGCGAGAGCAUCAAGUUACUUCGGAAACCACAACUACUACCACAGUAACUCGGGAAUACAAUGAUGAACCGGAAGAUGAGCAAGAACAUCAAGGACCACAUUCACCUGCACCAUCGUCUCACACUGAAGCAGAACAUCCACAUAUUGUCGAAACAACUACAACUACUACUGUUACACGUGAAUUCCAAGAGGAGCCAGAAGAGUUGGAAUACAAACAGGAAGACAAUUCUAGAAAAUCACCAUCUUCCCACUCUCAAGAGAAUCUUGUCACCGAGACAACAACCACCACCACUGUCACAAGUGAGUACUAUGAUGAACCAGAACAUUUUGAAGAACAAGAAACUGGCAAAUCGUCGCCAGCUCCAUCAUCCCAUGUUGAAUCGGAACGUCAGGUUCUUGAGUCUCCAGUUGCAUCGGAUCCGCGUCAUGUUAUGGAAACUACCACCACAACAACAGUAACACGACAAUUCCAUGAUGAUGAAAGCGAGCGAUCCGAUUCUCCGAAUCGAGAUGUGGUAGAAGCUCAAUCGAUUCAUUCAUCGAAUAUUGAAUCACAUCAACAAUUCUCCGAGAAAGACGAUGAUUCGCAGCGAGGCCCAUCUCCUGUAAAGUCCGAAGAUGAACCUGUAAAACAUGAAUCAUACAAAUUCGAAACAUCAACCACGGAGACCAGAGAGUUUGAUCGACCAGAACUUGAUUCAGAAAGACUCUCAGAACCAGCUCAAUCUCCAAUGGAAGUGUCUCCCAUCACCACAGAGGAGAAUAUUGUGCGGCCUUCAUCUUCUGUGAAAUCAGAAUACGGUUCUGAAGGACAUGUUCCAAGUGUUAUUGAGACCAAAACCACAACCACAGUAACACGUGAAUUCUAUGACGAUGAUCAAGAUGAACAUGAAAAUCAGACACAAUCUGAAGAACUUCGUUCAUCAAUUCCUACCGAGGAAGAAGAACAUGAAGGUUCUCAUCUUUUCAAAGAGACAACUACCACCACCACAGUAACUCGUGAAUUCUAUGAUGAACCAGAAAAUGUUGAAGAACUCCAGGAUCCGCAAUUCUCACCUGCUCCAUCUUCUCAUGUCGAGUCUGGAAUUCAUGCCUCGGAAUCACCAGUUGCUCAACAACAAGAAAUUCCACAAACUCGCGAAUUCCAUGAAGAUUCGCCAGCAGCCCAAUACUUCCACGAAGAAGAAUAUGAAUCUCAUGUUCUAACUGAGCAGGCUCCACUUCUCACCGAGCAACAGCAUCAACCAGAAUCUGGAGAUGAGAGUGAUGGAGAAGGCCUUGGAAGUAAGGUUCUUGGAUUUGCAAAGAAAGCAGGAAUGGUUGCCGGAGGAGUUGUCGCUGCUCCAGUUGCACUUGCUGCUGUUGGAGCUAAGGCUGCUUACGAUGCACUCAAGAAGGAUGACGAUGAAGAAGAUCAAGAGGAACGUGAAUCCUUACUUCGCCAAGAACGAUCUAUUGAUUCCCCACAUGCAUCAGAACAGUCUCAAAUUGAGGAAGAACAUGAAAGAUUCGAGGAAUCCCCAGUGCCGUCUGAGAAGCAUCAUGUGACUGAGACAACCACCACCACAACAGUUACACGGGAAUAUUUCGAUGAACAUGAACCUCUAGUUUCUCAGGAAAUAGAAGGAGAAAAGGGUUCACCAGCUGAUAGUGAAAAAUCGUUGCCACACGUUGUCGAGACUACAACUACAACCACUGUUACUCGUGAGUUUGAUAAAAAUGAUUCGGAAUCUCCAGUGCCUUCGGAAAAAGAGCAAGAACCUACAACGGUUUCAAGAGAAGUGUAUGAAACAGCAGAAGGUGAUGAACCAGAGCACCAUUACACAGAAACUACAACAACGACCGUUACAAAAGAAGUGAUUGACGAUUCACAAGAAAUGGGGGAUGACGAUGAGCCAAAGCAAGAGAGCCCACAGGUAGUUGAAACUACAACAACUACAAUGACAAGUCGUGAAUAUGAUGAUAAUGAUGAUGAGACAAGAUCCGAAGCAGGGGACUCCCAUAUCACCGAGACAACGAAGACAACGACAGUUGUACGCGAGUUCCACGGAGAGCAACCGGAAGAGACAGAGGAAACAGAUGAAGUUGAGGAGUUGCCACCAAAAAUUGAAGAAGAAGAUAAUGUAUCUGAAUACAGUGAGAGCUCUACUUCCGUGAGCCGAGAAGUUCGACCAGAUGAGCCACACAUCAUUGAAACAACUACAACUACAACUGUUACUCGUGAAUAUCACAAUGAACCUGAAGAAACUUAUGAUGAUCAAAAAGAUGCGGCUCCAAUUUCAUUUUCUCAAGAACAUCAAGAUGACGACUCCCAAGCUUCACACGAUCAACAUGAUCGUGAAAGCCCAGUCGAGAGUGAGAAAUCAGUUAAGCAUACCACUGAAACUACUACAACCACAACUGUAACUCGCCAACUGUAUGACGAUGAAGCUUCUGAAAUACGAGGAGAAUCUCCAGUAGCUACAGAGGAACAUGAGCAUGUAUCUUCAACAAAAUCUGAUGAUGAAUCCGAACAACACGUCCCAAGUGUAAUCGAGACUACGACAACAACUACAGUGACCCGCGAAUUCUAUGAUGAUCAAGAUGAACUUCAACGUGAAGAUCACACUCAGUCCGAAGAACGUCGUUCAUCAAUUCCUACCGAGGAAACAGAACAUGAAGAUUCUCAUCUUAUCAAAGAGACAACUACCACCACCACAGUAACUCGUGAAUUCUAUGAUGAACCAGAAAAUGUUGAAAAACUCCAGGAUUCGCAAUUCUCACUUUCUCCAUCUUCUCAUGUCGAGUCUGAAAUUUAUGUUCCGGAAUCACCAGUUGCUAAACAACAAGAAAUUCCACAAACUCGCGAAUUCCAUGAAGAUUCGCCAGCAGCCCAAUAUUUCCAUGAAGAUGAAUAUGAACAUCAAGUUCCUACUGAGCAGGCUCCACUUCUCACCGAGCAACAGCAUCAACCAGAAUCUGGAGAAGAGAGUGACGGAGAAGGAUUCGGAAGUAAGGUUCUUGGAUUUGCAAAGAAAGCAGGAAUGGUUGCCGGAGGAGUUGUCGCUGCGCCAGUUGCUCUUGCCGCUGUUGGAGCGAAGGCUGCCUACGAUGCACUAAAGAAGGAGGACGAUGAAGAAGAUCAAGAGGAACGUGAAUCCUUAAUUCGCGAAGAACGAUCUUUUGAUUCCCCACAUGCAUCAGAACAGUCUCAAAUUGAGAAAGAACAUAAAAGAUUCGAGGAAUCCCCAGUGCCGUCAGAAAAACAUCAUGAUCAAUCUUCGGCUCUUCCACAAGAAUCUGUUAGCCAACCCAUUGAAAAAGAAUCAAGGACCUUUAAUGAUGAAUCAGAGUUUGGUGUGAAAUCUGAUCAUUAUACAGAAGAUGAUCAAGAAUCAUUGAAAUCGCCAAAGGAAAGUGGGGAAGCUUUUUCACAAUUCACAAGCGAGAAAGAACAAGACAGAUCGGAUUCUCCUAUUCACUCCCAGAAAGAAGAUAUCAGUCAAUUCCAGAAUGAGAGCUCUCCAGAAGACGUCAAAAGUGAACAACCACAUGAUGAAGAGAAACCAGAUCUUGAACGCCAAGGAUCAUAUUCAUCGGGAUAUUCUCCAAAAUCACCAGGAGGAUCAAUCACUGGAUUAGACGAAGAGAAAGCUCUAUCAGGUGUUCAAGAGCCAGAAGACAGACCGGAGAAUUUCGCUGAAUCACAUGAGAAAACAGAAGCAACGAGCGACGAAAAUCUUUUUGAAUCAGACAAAUAUGCACCAGCAUCUCCAGUUCCUUCAGAAGACAGCUCAAACCGCGUUAUUGAGACAACUACUACCACUACCGUAACACGUGAGCAUUUUGAGCCGGAAGAUGAUCAUUCUUACGUAGUUGAAUCUCAAGAAUAUUCAAGUUCGGGUUCUCCAGUUCCAUCGGAAAAAUCUGUUGACAGAGUCAUCGAGACUACCACCACAACUACUGUAACUCGUGAACAUUUUGAAGCUGAGGAUGAAAUUCCCACAAUUGUUGAAUCUAGUCAUGAUGAUCAGGCUGCUUCUCCAGUUCCAUCCGAAGAAGACGUUCAUGAACAGAUCCAGACUACAACUACUACGACCACUGUAACAAAAGAACACUUUGUUCCGGAUGACGAAAUCGAUAGCGAACAUAUGAAUGAAUCGGAUAAGUAUGCAUCAGGAUCCCCAGUUCCAUCAGAAGAAGACUCGAGCCGUGUGACAGAGACAACUACAACAACAACAGUCACCCGUGAGCAUUUCGAGCCAGAAGACGACCAUUCUCCUGUUGUUCAGACUCAAGAAUAUUCUGCUUCUGAAUCACCAGUUCCAUCUGAAAAAUCAGUUGAAAGAGUCAUCGAGACUACUACCACAACUACAGUAACCCGUGAGCACUUUGAAGAUGAAGAUCAUAUUCUUGGUCAGCAAGGGGAAUCUGACUCUCAAAUUCCAUCAGAGAGUAUCACAAGUGAGAAUAUGGACCGUGAAACUUCAUCAUCCCCAGUUCAAUCUAACCGUGAUGAAGAGUUCGUGUUACCAGCAAUUGCACCAUAUAAACAGCCAACCGAGUACGGACGUGUAGACUCCCAUGAUGCACCAGCUUCUCCAGCUCCUUCCGCCGAAUCCCCUAUUCAAGCUUAUAAACAAGAGGAAUCACAGGAAGCACAUUCUCUUGAGCAAUUUCAGCAAAGAAGCUCUGUCAGUCACGAGGAUUCUCCUGCUGCUCAAUACUUCCAUGAUAAUGAAUCAGAUCACGAUUCACCCGUUCCAUCGGAUCGCGCUCCACUUCUCACCGAGCAACAGCAUCAACCAGAAUCUGGAGAAGAGAGUGACGGAGAAGGAUUCGGAAGUAAGGUUCUUGGAUUUGCAAAGAAAGCAGGAAUGGUUGCCGGAGGAGUUGUCGCUGCGCCAGUUGCUCUUGCCGCUGUUGGAGCGAAGGCUGCUUACGAUGCACUCAAGAAGGAUGACGAUGAAGAUGAAAAUCCAGAUGAGCAGGAAAAACUUCUGCCGAAGUCUCCCGAACGACAAGUGCUUGUGAAUCCAGUAGAACCUUCUGAUUCGGAAAUUUCGGAAAUUGAGCUAGAAUAUACUUCUCCAAGUCCAACAGAAAAGUCAGAGAGUCAAUGUUAUACGGAAACAGUUAGAACAACAACUGUAACCCGUGAAUAUCUUGAUGAUCCUCAGAGUGUUACAAGAUCUCGUUCACCAUCAGAACAUGACAUUUCCGAGCAGUAUGCUCCUGAAUCGCCAGUUGAACAAGAUCCAUAUGUUGUUGAGAAGACCACAACUGUGAUUCGGCAAUACCAUGAUGAACCACCGCAGGAAAUUGAAGAACAGACUAUUCCAGAAGAAGUCACCGUUCUUCGUGAAGUUUAUGAAAGUCCUGAAGGAGAUGAGCCUGAACAACAUUAUAUUGAGACAAAAACAACAACUACCAUAACAAAAGAAGUUCAUGUUCCAGUUGAAGAAGAUGUUCAGAUCUCCCCUGUGCAUUCCGAAACAUCAGUUUCUGAGAAACAGCUACCAGCUGAUGAGCAACUCGAUGAACCAGUAACCGAAAGUACAACGACAGCCACUGUCACGCGUGAACGAUAUGAAGAACCAGAAGAAGUAAGACCUCCAUCUGGAUCCGAGGCUGAUGAUGAGUCCCAUGCGCCAAAGUACAUGGAGACGACUACAACAACAACUGUAACUCGUGAAUAUGAAGUAUCAGAAGAUGAAGAUGAGCAUCAACAAAGUCAAGUACAGAGAGAUGAAUCUCCUGCUCCAUCAGAGGAUUCUGUUAAGCACGUUAUUGAAAAGACAACAACUACUACUGUAACUGAAGAACGCUACGAACCAGAAGAUUCACAUUCUCCAGUUCCAUCAGAAGACGAUGUUCAUGGAUUUGUAAAGACAACAACUACUACGACUACAGUAACUCACGAACAUUUUGAACCUGAAGAUCCCCCUAGCGACGAGCAUGUUGUUGAAUCGGAAAGGUAUGCGUCAGGAUCACCAGUUCCAUCAGAAGAAGACUCGAGCCGCGAGAUUGAAACAACUACCACGACAACAGUAACUCGUGAGCACUUUGAGCUAGAAGACGACCAGGAACACGUAGUAGAAUCUCAAGAGUAUUCUGCUUCGGGUUCUCCAGUGCCAUCUGAAAAAUCAGUUGAAAGAGUUAUCGAGACUACCACAACAAACACAGUAACCCGUGAGCACUUUGAACAUGAAGAUGAUAUUCCUACAAUUGUUGAAACAAGUCAUGACGAUCCGGCUGCUUCUUCAGUUCCAUCCGAAGAAGACGUUCAUGGACAGAUCCAGACUACAACAACCACAACAACUGUGACAAGAGAACACGUUGUUCCGGAUGAAGAAAUCGAUAGCGGACGUAUGGAUGAAUUGGAGAAGUAUUCAUCAGAAUCUCCAGUUCCAUCAGAGGAAGACUCAAGCCGUGUGAUUGAGACAACUACCACGACAACAGUUAGCCGUGAGCAUUUUGAGCCAGAAGACGAUCAUUCCCAUGUUGUUGAGUCUCAAGAAUAUUCUGCAUCGGGAUCACCAGUUCCAUCGGAAAAAUCGGUUGAAAGAGUCAUCGAGACUACUACCACAACUACAGUGACUCGCGAACAUUUCGAUACUGAAGAAGACUAUAUUCCAUCUGAAUCUAGAACAUCUCAUGAUGACGGAAUCACUGAUCAACAUGUUCCAUCUCAAUCUCCAGUUCCAUCGGAAGAAGACGACCAUGUAACUCAUGAACAAAUUAUUCGAGAUGAUCCAAUUGAUGAACAAAUCGUCGAAUCACAUGAAUAUAAAUCAGAGUCUUCAAUUCCAUCGGAGCAAGAUUCUACUCAUGUGAUUGAGACUGUCAUGUCCACUCCGAUUACAAGUGAACGUUACGAUCCAGAAGUUGAAAAAGAUGUUGUAGAAUCUGCUGAUGACGAAAUCGAUUCCUCGACUGCUCAAUACUAUAAAUCAGAAUCACCAGUUCAAACUGAAAAAUCUUUACUUCUUGCUAAACAACAACAAGAAUCUGGAGAUGAGAGUGAUGGAGAAGGAUUCGGAAGUAAGGUUCUUGGAUUUGCAAAGAAAGCAGGAAUGGUUGCUGGAGGAGUUGUUGCUGCUCCAGUUGCCCUUGCUGCUGUUGGAGCUAAGGCUGCUUACGAUGCACUAAAGAAGGAUGAUGAUGAGGAAGAUCAAGAAGACAAAGAACCUCUCAUUGGUGGCUUCCACAAAGAUCAAGAUCCCAUCUCUCAAGACGAACCAAGUGCUGUUGACUCAGAGACACAGGAGCCCGGUGCAACAUUCUACGAACCGGAAGAAGAAGACAAGGUUAUUACUGAUUCUGCAGAUUCUUCUGUAGUUCAGGACGAACCUAAGAUUGUUUUCCCUGUUGAUUCAACACCAGAGCAUCAUUCAAAUGAUAGAGAAGAGUUUGAAUCCAUUGUUAAAUCUGAAGGGCCAUACAUCGUUGAAUCGACAGACUAUGCACAAACUUCUGCCGAGGAGCCACGCAUCAGCUCUCCAGUUCAUUCUGAUGCUGGAGAUGCUUCAUCAUUCAAACGCCCCGAAUCCGUAACAGGAGAGGAUGAGAAAAAUGCCAUUCCAGAAACUUCUGAAACAGAUGCCCCAUAUGUAAUUGAUUCCGAAGAGUACGAAUUCAACAAUCGCGAUGAACAAAGAAUUUCCUCUCCAGCCCAUUCUGAUGAAGAAGACGAAAAUGACGCUGAAGUGAUCGAUUCAGAAUUUUAUCGACACAGUCAAGAACAAAAUAAUGAGGAAGAUCCUAGCAUUGUUGAAUCAGGAGAAUACAUCAGUUCUGGUCACGGAUCCCCGAGACCAUUUGAAGAUUCAACUACCACAACAGUUCUGAAUGUUCAUCAUGAACCAGCAGCAAUUCCUGAACCUGAAGUUGAUGAGGAAGAAUUAGAACAAGAAAGAUCCAUCAUUGAGUCUGAAGAAUACAAAACAAGUUCUCCACUUCCACCAACAUCGGUUACUACUGUUGAACAUGUUGAACCAGCUGAAAUCCAUAAAUAUAGAACCACAUCUCCAACUAUUGUUACUACAGUCAGCAGUGAGCACUUAGAUCGUAAUCAAGAACCCUACGUAGUUGAAUCUGAAGAAUACACUAGAGCUUCCCCACUUGGACCAGAACGUCCCGAAUCUCCAUCCGGAUCCCCGCUCCCACGCGAAGAAGAUGACUCACAUGUAAUUGAAUCACAUGAGUAUACAUCAUCUCCCGUUCCAUCAGAAGAUUCUGUUAAGCACGUUAUUGAAAAGACAACAACUACUACUGUAACUGAAGAACGCUACGAACCUGAAGAUUCACAUUCUCCCGUUCCAUCAGAAGACGAUGUUCAUGGAUUUGUAAAGACAACAACCACAACGACUACAGUAACUCAUGAACAUUUUGAACCUGAAGAUCACACUAGCGACGAGCAUGUUGUUGAAUCGGAAAGGUAUGCGUCAGGAUCACCAGUUCCAUCAGAAGAAAACUCGAACCGUGUGACUGAGACAACUACUACAACAACCGUAACUCGUGAGCACUUCGAGCCAGAAGACGACCAGGAACACGUAGUAGAAUCUCAAGAGUAUUCUGCCUCUGGUUCUCCAGUUCCAUCUGAAAAAUCAGUUGAAAAAGUUAUCGAGACUACCACCACAACCACAGUAACUCGUGAGCACUUUGAACAUGAAGAUGAAAUUCCCACAAUUGUUGAAUCUAGUCAUGAUGACCAGGCUGCUUCUUCAGUUCCAUCCGAAGAAGACGUUCAUGGACAGAUCCAGACUACAACAACCACAACAACUGUGACAAGAGAACACGUUGUUCCGGAUGAAGAAAUCGAUAGCGGACGUAUGGAUGAAUUGGAGAAGUAUUCAUCAGAAUCUCCAGUUCCGCCAGAGGAAGACUCAAGCCGCGUGAUUGAAACAACUACCACGACAACAUUUAUCCGUGAGCAUUUUGAGCCAGAAGACGAUCAUUCUCAUGUUGUUGGAUCCCAAGAAUAUUCUGCUUCUGGAUCACCAGUACCAUCUGAAAAAUCAGUUGAAAGGGUCAUCGAGACUACUACCACAACUACAGUAACAAGUGAGCACUUUGAACAUGAAGAUGAACAUGCUCAGCUUCAUGAUACUGUUUCAUCAGAGAAAACAUCUUCAAGUGAACCAGUUGAACAGACUUUGGAGGAAGCUGAUAUUACCGAAGAGACUCAUCAACGUUUCUCCGCUGAAGAUGAACAUCAGCCAACCUCAACAGAAAAACCAGUUCAUGGAUUUAUGGAAACCACAUCUACCAGCCACACAGCUAGCCAUGUUGAACUUGAGCAUAGGGAUGAUGACGAUGAAAGUGGUGGAGAAGGAUUCGGAAGUAAGGUUCUUGGAUUUGCAAAGAAAGCAGGAAUGGUUGCUGGAGGAGUUGUUGCUGCUCCAGUUGCACUUGCUGCUGUUGGAGCAAAGGCUGCCUACGACGCUCUUAAGAAAGAUGACGAUGAGGAAGCCACAUAUGAUCUUGAUAGAGAACACGGUUCAUAUGAAUCUGCUGAGCUUCAACGGCCAACUCAACAAGUGGAGUCCCGCCAAGAAGAUUCCGAAUCCGAAGGAUCAUUUGUAGAUCACGGAGAAGAUUCCCAACAUCUUCCAGUUCAAUCCACAGAAGCUGCAUUCAAACUGUCAUCUGAAGAUAUUGCUGAACAAACUGCUGAGAAAUUGGUAUCGGAAGUAUUUGCUCCACUUGACAGAACUCUUAUUGAAUCUGAGCAAUAUCGAGCUUCAAUUGAAUCUCUCAAUAGAAGAUCUCCGGUUGAACCAAAGAGAAGUGUUGAAGAUCUGGCAUCCGAAGCACUUCAAAAUGUGACCAAGAUUAGUUUUGGUCAUGCGGAUGAAUCCGAUGAUAAGCAUGAUGGUGAUAAUGACGGUGAAUGGAAAGUUUAUGAUCGUCAUGGAGAAGUUCUAGAAGAAUUUUCUACUCAACUCACAGAUGAUGUCAUUCAAGAAGCUGAAGGAGACGCCACAACUCAUAUAAUGAUGACUCAAGCUGAAUAUUCACCAAGAAGAUCCAAAUUCUUAAAACAAGAGAGCUGCCAGGAAAUUUCCAAUGAACCAGAAGUCGAUUAUUAUUCGGAUCUUCAAGAAAAACUGAAUAUCUUGGCUGGAGAGAAGAACAAUCUUCAUGCUCUCGUGGAAGAGGAACCUUCGAGCAGUGCGUCUGAUCAACUUGAUGUAAUCCAUGAAUCUGAUCAGGAAGCACACCUUGAACAAGAGCAUCAGCAGGAAGCAGCAGCUCAGAAAGAGCAGGACGAGAAGGAAGAAGCUGCUGAAUACACUGCCACACUGUUGGUAGAUGAUGUACUUCAACAGGUUGUACAAGAAAUUAACGAAGAAGACGACGAUAAGAAAACUAUGACUUCAACUUCUUAUCUAACGGCAACAGAAAAAGACGAUCAAGAGUAUGACACUUGUGUAACAUCUCAGGACGACACGUAUGAAUCCGCCCAAGGCUGGACUUCUCAAGAUUCAGAAUAUACUACAGCAACCAGUCAAGCACCAAGCCGCCUUAGCGACUCUGAUGCUGAGCUGACUGCUCGCGAUCACGAUCAAGAACGACAAGAGACGUCGACUCCACAAGCGAUCCUUUCGCCUGUGGAUUCUGACCGACAUUUUACAGUUCAACAGGACUUCGAAAUGCCUGUAAUUCGGGCUUUCGAUCCUGACGAUUUCAUGCAAACUACAGCUAGAUCCACACCAGAUGUUGCUCUUCAGGUAACUAUCGAGGAAGAGGAUGAGAGUGAUGACAAGCUGCCAAUCAGUCCAAGUGGAAUUCUUCUUCCACCAAAACACGAUCCAGGACGUCCAAUUUCCCCAGUGCCACCAAGAAAAUCAGAUGGAACAAUGCAGAAGGAAGGAGAUCAUUUCGUAUUUGUUAGAGAAGAGGACACAAUUGCUGAACCAACACCACCACCACAACCCGCAGAACCAGAACAACUUGCCGAAUAUGAAGCCACAAAAGAAUCAGAACAUCAACAAAUCACAGAAGGAGACGUGCCGCAAGAGGAAGAAGAAACGGAGAUGAGGCGACAGGAGACCGAACGCAUCCAUAGUUUAGCCAUGGAGGCGUCGUCCGAUCUCGGAAAUAGCGAGUCUUCACGUUACUCGCGACAGCUAUCGGACCUGUCGUCGUCGGCGGAAAGCCAUGCGGACACUGUGAUCCGUGUUGAAAGUGAACGAAGUGGAUCAAGUGAUUCAUUGGAAGUUGUUAGUGUUAUCAGUGCAGGGAAGGAUGCACAAAUGUCUGAAAAGUCCCUGACUCCAGAAGAUCCUGAGAAACCAACUGAUUCAGUGCAAGAGCAUCAACAAAAAGAUCAGGAACAAGCUGAAGCAGAAGAUCAAAGGGAAGCAGAAGAUCUUGGUUUUGAAGUCUACGAUGCUGAUACGGAAGAACAAAAUCAACAGUUAGAAGAACUGGAAACUGUUGAAGAAGAGCCAGAAGACUCUGAUUCACUGAACGAAGGAGGAAAUCAUUCAUCUGGACAUUCCUCUGUCGGAGUUCCAGCUGAUACUCUUGCCAUGAUUGGCAAGUAUCGCCAUCAAUCAAGUGACAAUCUCUCAUUAACAUCACUUCAAGAGUUUGAAAGGCUUGAAAAAGAAGUAGGAGCUCGUGGAGAUGGUUCACUAACAAGAUCUGAAAUUGAAUUGCUUGUUGCCGGAAGAUUGAACAAAUCAGGAGAAGGAUCAGUCAGCUCACUUGCUGAGUUCGAACGCCUCGAAAAAGAGAUGACCGAGAAUCAAUCCCCACCAGAAGAUGUUAUGAUGCUUUCUGAUAUUCGUGAGGAAUCAGAAGCAGAAGAUAUGAGCAUUCGAGAUGAUGAUGAGGAAGAUGCAGAAGGAAGUGAUACAGAAUUGAAGAGCAGACCAGUACAGGAAGAAGAUCUCAGAGUUAUCACACCAAUUGCUCCAUCACCAACUGAUUCUCUUGAUCAUGCAGUUGAUGCCGUUCAGAUGCAAUAUCUCGAGACAAGCACCGACUCUUUGGAGCCAACGUUCCAAGAAAUUGAAGUUGAGCAACGUCCAGAAAGUGUUGAAGACACAUCACUAACUGAGUAUGAGGUCAUUCCACGCGUCAUGGAGGCCAGCACCACCGACUCGCUAGAUGGAACUGCAACUAUUGAGAAGGACUCUGUGCUCGAAGGCGCCAGCCAAGGAAUUGAAUCAACUCAAUCUACACAUGGACUCCUCUCCGGUGACACAAUGGGAACAGUGGUCACUGAUGAUGAUCGAGAUUCUUUGGAUGGAGAAAUGUCGAGCAUGCUUCAAUCCUAUCCAACUACACUUACCACAUUCCAAACAACAGUUGUCGGACCAGAUGGCUCUCUUCAGACCAUUUCAAGACGUGUUGAGACAAAGGUCACCGACCCAUUAGUGUCCCACGUUACAUUUACUGGAACAGAAAGCCAAGAACGGCUUGACCAACUACCGGAUGAUGAACAAUUUGAGACUGUGGAUACCGAAGGAAAUGUGACAAGAACCACGUUCCAUCGGGAGCACGACCAACAGCAACCACACUUUUAAGAGUUCAUCGCCAAACAUCACACCCACUUCAAAUAUAACUUCUCAAAUAUAUUCCACUCAACACAACAUUUAGUUCUCUUAUAUUCUAAUACAUUCCAUAUUUUUUGAUCCCACAAUUUACCAGUUUUCACCCCCUAAUCCAGUGACUUGAGCUUACAGUAUUUUUGUUUUUUUUCCAUGAGCUUUUAAUUUAUUUUUUAUUUUUCAAAAAAGAUCCAAUCAGUAAAUACAAUUUCUUCGCCCCAAAGAAUUUGUAUUUUUUUAUAGAAAUUUGAAAUGAUAUUCAAGAUGCCCCAACUUGAAUAUCAUUCAAUAGCUUUCCAUCAUUUAAUUUUCUGAAAAUCGCCCCAAUUUUCAGACAAUUUCAGAAAUGUUUCAAGCUUUAUCUUUAACUUUUCAUGUUUUAAGCUUUCAUCUGCCCAACUUCUACCAAUAUUUCAAUGAUUUUCUCAGAGUUGUUAGCCCCAAACAUCUUCUGAAUUAUUAUAGAAAUUUUUUUCAGUAAUUAACUUCUACCAUUUCCCAUCAUCUUUGUUGUAUUUCGUUUUUAGUCUACGCGGUUUUCCUUUUUUUUUAAUUUUAGAGCUCUAAAUGUAAAAGUUCUUUACAAAAAACAACUAGUCACUCUAAAAAUGCGCUCCCCAUUUCCAUCUUUUCAUGUUUUUUUUUCUCAUUUUUUCGUUCAAUUAUUGAUUUGAAUUAUUCAUUUGCUAAUAAAGCUUUGCUUUAAU